UCAGCUUGGCACAGCCUAUGUGUCUGCCACCACAGGGGCAGUAGCCACGGCUCUAGGACUAAAUGCACUAACAAAGCACAUAUCUCCCCUCGUAGGGAGGUUAGUUCCCUUCGCCGCUGUUGCUGCUGCUAACUGCAUCAACAUCCCUCUCAUGAGGCAACGGGAACUGAAACAUGGCAUUCCGAUAACCGACGAGAACGAUAACCGGUUAGGAGAGUCAACGACCGCCGCUAAGCAGGCUAUCUCCCAGGUGGUGGUGUCUAGAAUCCUCAUGGCCUCUCCUGGAAUGGCUAUCCCUCCAUUUUUAAUGAACACCUUGGAAAAGAAAGCCUUCCUGAAGAAGUUCCCGUGGAUGAGUGCACCUAUUCAAGUGGUCUUGGUGGGAUUCUGCCUGGUGUUCGCCACUCCACUGUGCUGUGCACUGUUCCCCCAGAAGAGCUCUAUGUCAGUAAGCCGAUUGGAGCCAGAGCUUCAGGAGAAGAUCCGGGUGAGCCACCCCGGUGUGGAGAGGGUCUACUUCAAUAAAGGACUAUGAGUGUCCAGCCCAACAGUAGCCUUCCUCAGAGCAGCUCUACUGGCAGACACCACAACCCUCCUCAUUCUGUGUGCCAAAGUUCACUUCUGCUUCUCAUCAUCUCCUCUUUUCUCUCCUCUGCUCCUCAGACAGAAUCCCUUGAUUCUCUCCCCUCUCUGUCUCCCUCCGCCCGCUCUCUCGUUCCAUCUCCCCU